AUGUGUGGAAUUUUCGCCUGUCAUAAGCACCCCAAUGUCCAAGGUUUCAAGCCGACGGCCUUGCAGCUCUCCAAAGCGAUUCGUCAUCGCGGUCCCGAUUGGAGUGGAAAUGUAACUUCUAAUAAAACAAUUCUCACCCAUGAAAGGCUCAGCAUUGUCGGCAUCGAUAGCGGUGCACAACCCUUAACCAGUGAAGAUGAUACUCUGAUCCUGGCGGUCAAUGGCGAAAUUUACAACCACAGGCUCAUCCGGAAGAGUUUCGGCGAGAAGUAUAAGUUUAAGACGCACUCAGACUGCGAGGUCAUUCUCUAUCUAUACGCUGAGCAUGAUAUCGAAGCUCCCAAAAUGUUAGAUGGGAUGUUUUCGUUUAUCCUUUAUGACUCGGAAAGGGAUAGGGUCGUUGCAGCUCGGGACCCUAUUGGCAUCACUUCAUUUUACCAGGGAUGGAACUCGUCGCAGCCCGACACUGUUUACUUUGCCUCAGAGCUCAAGUGUUUACAUCCUGUUUGCGAUAAAAUAAUCUCCUUCCCCCCAGGUCACGUCUACGACUCGGAGACCAAUAAAACCACCAGAUAUUUCCAGCCUAGUUGGUGGGAGCCAAGCCGGGUCCCUACUGCACCUCUCGAUUUGAAGGUUAUCCGGGCCACACUCGAAAAAUCCGUGAGAAAGCGCUUGAUGGCAGAGGUGCCAUAUGGUGUUCUCCUAUCAGGAGGCCUUGAUUCGAGUCUUAUUGCUUCAAUAGCCGUCAGGGAGACUCGGGCUGGCUCUGAUCUCAAUAUUUAUAAUACCCCCAACGGCACUAACGACCAUCUUGUCGGGAUCGACGACGAAGGUCACCUAAAGACAGUUCGCAAGUACGAGAGGUUGCGAUCCUUCUCUAUUGGGCUCCCAGGGUCGCCAGAUGGGGUUGCGGCACAAAAAGUUGCCGAUUUCCUCGGAACGGAGCACUACAAUUACACAUUUACCAUCCAAGAGGGCCUCGACGCGCUACGGGACGUAAUUUAUCACCUGGAGACAUACGACGUUACGACAAUUCGAGCAUCAACCCCGAUGUAUCUUCUGAGUAGGAAGAUCAAAGCCCUCGGCGUGAAGAUGGUUUUAAGCGGAGAAGGGAGUGACGAAAUAUUUGGUGGUUAUUUAUAUUUCCAUGCCGCUCCGGACAAGGCGGCAUUCCAUGACGAAACUGUGAGGCGGGUUAAAAACCUCCACCUUGCUGAUUGCUUGAGAGCCAACAAAUCAACUUCAGCGUGGGGUCUGGAGGCUCGUGUGCCGUUUCUCGACAAGGAGUUCUUAGAUGUGGCAAUGGGGUUUGACCCCCAGGAAAAAAUGAUUGGGAACGGCCGAAUUGAAAAAUGGGUUCUACGAGCUGCUUUUGACACAAGCUCUGAGCCUGAAGCAGAACCAUUCCUUCCAAGAGAUAUUUUAUGGCGGCAGAAAGAGCAGUUCAGUGAUGGGGUUGGAUACGGUUGGAUUGACGCGCUCAAGGAUACCGCGGCGAGCGUAGUGAGCGACGAUGAUUUUGCAAAGCGUGGGGAACUUUGGGAAAGCGAUGCUCCGGAUACAAAGGAGGCAUACUGGUACCGUCAGAUGUUCGACGAGCAAUUCCCCAAACAGUGUGCAUCUACUGUGAUGCGCUGGACUCCAACAUGGUCCAAGCAAUCGGAUCCUAGCGGAAGGGCCAUAUCCACCCAUGUCGCAAAAUAUGAGAGCGCGGAGUCUUGA